AUGAACAAAAUACUAAAUACUAUUGAUAAAUUCGAUAUAUUUGGGGUUCCAAUAAAUCUUUUAACUAAUGCUAAAGCAUCCUUAUAUUAAAGUAAGAUUGGCGGAAUAGUUUCUCUUAUUAUUGGAAGCAUUAGUCUAAUCUAUUUUUUAUAUGUAAUCAUAUUGUGGAUUGAUCAUUAAAUUCCUCCUAUUGCGAGUAUUAAAUAAUAAACUAUAUCAUACGCUGAGUUUUCGUUGUCAGACUCUAUUAUUGAAUUAGAAUUAUAAGAUUUUUUCGGAGAAUUAGAUCCAUUUAGAAAAGAAAAUAAUAUAAUUACUCCUAAUUUAUAUAGAAUUUUAAAUACAACUAUAGUUGAUAAACCAAUUCCAUUAUUCAGUAGUGAAAAUAAGCCAUUUAAAAUAUCGAUAAGUGAUGGAACUAUUGUUUUAAACCAUGAUUAUACAGGAAAUGAUGGGCGUUUAGAAAUGACAUAAUUGUUGCUCGUUUUAGAGGGUUGUUCUAAUCAAACUGCUGUGCCUGGAAGUUAUUGUGCUGAUGAAGAUGUUAUAACUUAGUAUUUAUCUAAAUUACAUGGGUUUUUAUUCUUAACGAUUAAAUUAAACUAACUUAAAUCUUCUACAGGUUAACUAGAAGAAAUUCAAAAAUAAUAUUAUACAGCCUUAGAACCAUCUAAACCUUUGUAUUCAUAGGUUAUGCUUAAAUAAUAAGAAUCUAUUGUUGAUGAUGGAAUAUUAUUUAAUAAUUAUGAAAAUUACUAUUUCUUAAACAAUUAUGAGCUGAUCCAUUAACCAGUUGAUAAUCUUUUCACUGCUUAAGUGGUUAGCUAAAUGUCAAAAAAAGCUUAUCAAUUCAAAAGUUAUGGUUGUUAUUUAUUUAGAAUUGAUAACAUUUCUGUUUUAGAAAGUAUCACACUUCCAAAGCUAGGUUAAAUUCUAGCCUAAGUUGGAUCAAUUGUGUAAGUAAUAUUUUUACUAAAAUAUAUUGCUAUAUAUUACAAUAAAAUGCUAUUAGAAAACGAAUUACUCCAUGAAAUAGUAUCUAUGUAUUAUCCAGAAAUCAAAAAAAUCAAAUUGAACUAUUUAAAUGAGUUUGUAAAUUCAGAAUAACAAGAAAACAGUAGGAAUAAAUCAUAUGAGAAUGUUAAAUUUAAAUAUAAAACUUUUAUUAAAAGAGCAAAAGAAAAAUGUAGAUUGGAUAACAUCUUAUAUGAAAUUUCAAGAAUAUAAUUUAUUAUUUAACAAUAAUUUGGAGAUUAAGUUCUGUAACAGAGUCAUUAAAUGGGAGGAAAAUUGUCCAAUAACUAUCUGGAUCAUUAAAACAGCAAAGAGUCUAAUAGAUUAACAGUUAAACCAGCUAAUUCUUUAGAAAUAGAUAAUGACUAUGCCUUAUUGGAACCUUUAGAAAUGUUACAAAAACAACAGUGA